GGCCGGGCGCACAGGCCUCCAUCUGGGCAACACAGACAUUGUGAGGGGUGUAUCAACCGCCACUGCCAUGUUCCAGUGGAAUUCAGCGUCUCCUGCCCGGUGAUAAACUGCCACCUGCUCUGUGGCUCUACCUUCCACAUGUGCAAAGAGGCAGAGCAUGCGCUCCUCUGCCCUCUAGAGCAGGUUCCCUGACUCAGCUCUGAGUAUGGCUGCCCGCUCUCCAUGGCCUGCCACAAGCUGGCUAAGCAUCUGCAGGUGUACCCCGCCAGCGUGGUCUGCUGCUCCAUGGAAUGGAACCGCUGGCCCAAUGUGGACUCCGAAACCGCACUUCAUGAGAACAUCAUGAAAGAGCCCCCCAGCGAGGAGUGUUUGGACACAGCCCUGGCCCUCCAGGACCAGAACAUACUCUUCAGGUCCUUGAAAGUGGUAGAACUUUUCCCAGAAACCAGAGAUGCCACCAAGGAGCCAGCCAUGAAUGGUGACACCAGUUGGGAAGAGACUGGAGGCGCGGUGGGGGGAGCGGAUGCCAGGCCAGGACCACACUGUUGUCUGCCAGCAACCAACGGGCCAAUGAUGGAACCCAGUCAGGAGGAAUGAAAUGCCCUGGCAAAAACCAAAGAAGGAAUGGACCUGGCCAAAUUUGGCGAGUGGGAGAGUAUGUUCAGCAAGGAGCACGCGGCCUCGGUUUUAACGGGUUCCUCGGGGGAGAGAGAAGACAAGAGUGUGACUGGGAAAGAGCAGUGUUCCGGUGAUGGUAGCACUUGUGAUGCAGAGGGCUCGCCCCCUCCCCGAGGGAGAGAACCACAGGAAAGCCUGAAGCCCCAGGAUCUCCCCGUUGCCAUGGAGAUGACAGGUUUUGCCCCCUGGCAGGAUGGUGUUCUGGAAAGACUGAAAACAGCCAUAGAUGCCAAAGACUACAACAUGUAUCUGGUGCACAACGGACGUAUGCUCAUCCACUUCGGGCAGAUGCCUGCUUGCACGCCCAAGGAAAGAGACUUUGUCUAAGGCAACCUCGAGGCUCAAGAAGUGAAAACGGUUUACACCUUCAAAAUUCCUGUGAGCUACUGCGGGAAGCGAGCUCGCCUGGGAGAUGCCAUGUUGAGGUGCAGACCAAGUGAGCACAAGGCCGUAGACACUUCUGAUUUGGGCGUCUCUGUGGAGGACCUGCCCAAAUCGGAUCUCAUCAAGACCACCCUCCAGUGUGCUUUGGAAAGAGAACUCAAAGGCCAUGUCAUCUCUGAAUCCAGGAGCAUCGAUGGGCUCUUUAUGGACCUUGCCACCCAAACGUACAAUUUUGAGCCAGAGCAGUUUUCCUCAGAGACAGUGUUGGCUGACGUCCUAGGCACUGCCCAACCUGGAGGCCUGCACGUGGAGCUCCACAGUGAGUGCGUGACUCGGAGGCACAAAAAAAGCAGCUCAGCCUUCACUUUCACCUGCAACAAAUUCUUCCGGAGAGAUGAAUUUCCCCUGCACUUCAAGAAUGUCCACACAGACAUUCAGUCGUGUCUCAAUGGCUGGUUCCAGCAUCGAUGCCCUCUCGCUUACUUGGGAUGUACAUUUGUCCAAAACCACUUCCGGCCCCCUAGACAAAAAGCAAAAGUCAUCUAUAGCCAGGAGCUGAAGACCUUUGCCAUCAAGCCAGAGGUUGCUCCGGAGCUGAGUGAGGGAUGGAAGAGCGACCAGCUCUCAGGCCAUGGUAGCAAAAGCCUGAAUUCUCUAAGCAGCUUGCCGCUGGAGGUUUUGCAAUACAUUGCUGGGUUUCUGGACAGAAUCAGCCUGGCCCAGCUCUCCCAGGUGUGCGUACUGAUGAGGAACAUCUGUGCCACUUUGUUGCAAGAGAGAGGGAUGGUCCUCUUGCAGUGGAAGAAGAGGAGAUAUUCUCAUGGAGGCACCUCCUGGAAAGUCCACAGUCAGACCUGGCAGUUCAGCAGCCUCUUCUCCAAAAUCAAGAGCUGGGAGUUUAACGAAGUCACCUCCAUGUCCGAACACCUGAAAGCCUGUCCUUUCAACAUCGUGGAGCACAAGACUGACCCGAUUCGUUUGACCAGCAUGUGUCAGCCCCAAGAGCAGGCCCGGGAGAGCUUGGUGUCCAUGUUUAGGGCCCGGUCACAGGGUAGACACACCUAAAGAUUUGCACAGCACUGCUCCUGGCUUCUCAGGGUUAGUGAAAUUAGAACAGAACUGUUUGAGGACACUGUUCAUGGUCUGCUUCACUGGGUCUGAGAAUGUGUGAAGUUCUUCAGGCCUCAGCAACUACCCACAACACUAGAUUUCUGAGCUAUGGCUUGUAAGAUAGUGCCACAUUUUUGCUUUAUCUUAGUUCUUUCCUCUUUUCAUUUCCUAAAAUAGAUCUGUCUGGGAGAAAAUAAGUAGCGUAAGGCCAUUUGAAAAAAUGAACCCAAAUCCUUGGUUGACUAGAGAACCAGGAAAAUCUGUAACCAGCCUAGACUAGUGAUUCUACACUGAGCUAUCUUAUUUACAAACCACCUUCAGGUUUUUGGAGCAGGCACUACAGGAGGGAGAAGAGUCUGAGGUGUAGUGACCUCCCUAGGUAUCUCAUCUGGAAGGUUCUAGAGCUUGGUCUUCCCCGACCAUUAAGGGCUCUUUUAGCCCCCCUACUGCAUGAAAGCCCAGAUGCUUCCAACACAACCCAACAGAAUGGACCAUACUGGGCGAGCAGAGCAGUUUCAAGGACACUACAGGCCAAAGCCAAACAGUCCGUUGUGUAGAGUCUUGACAACACACACACACAAAAAAUAAGUCCUUAAAAUGAAGGAAAGGUCAAAGAUCUCUGGGAACAAAGUAGGUUGAGAGCCACUGCCCUAAAAGUUGUUGCAUCAGCAACACCAAGUUAGGAUGUGCUUCCCUUUUAGUGUGACAAAUCAGAUCUCACAGAGCUAUUCAGCAGCCAUAAUCCAAUGCAACUCUUUACCUGUUUACAAAGUAACUUUUAAACAUGUGAUGAUGCUAAAUUGAGAACCAGAUGGAGCUGAUCUACCCAAUAUGGUUUUUGCGUCCUUGGGCCACCCAUGUAAAAAUAUAUCCUCCCUCCCUGGCUUUGUUGGGGAUACCUGAAACCAGGAUAACAAUUUAUCUUAGGUUAAGUUACUCUUCCCUUAUUGGGCACCAUUUUCCAGCAAUCCUAGAAGUUCUCAUGCUAAUGAAAAACAAGGAAAGGGAGGCAGGCAUCACAGGGAACCAGCCAGCCAAGAAUUCAAAUAAUGAAGGAGUCUUGCCAAUCUGUGAGCUUGUUGUCUGGGUAUCCGGUCUCUCUGACCAUGGUUCACAGCUGGUGCAGAUGAAGAAGCUGAUGCCUCUGCAAGGGGUCAGGAAGGCAGCAGAGCAAUCCCAGACUGAAAGCGUGCUCACUUUUCACCAUCUUCCUCUCAUACUAUUGUUAACACAAAGCUAUGAUUCCUCAUCUUUAUAGUUUGGUUUGUAUUUCACCAUGCUUUUUUUGUGAGUCAUCAUUUUCUAAAACUGUAUCUAGAGUGUUCUCUAAGGCUUUGUUCAGUGAAGAGGAGUAACUGAAGAUAGCUAAGCAAUGAAGUAGGUCAAAAGAAAGUGAGUUCUUCAGGCAUCGGUUCUGAUUUCUUCCCCCAGUGGAAUGGAGUUCUCAAAGCCCUCUCAGGGUUUCUUAUUAGAGAAGUAGAGAACUACAGACCAUGGAAGCAAACACAGGCCUCUAAUUACAUGAGCCAGUAGCUGCAGAGAGACAGGGAGGCCACAGGGCUCUGCCUCCAUAAGCUGCACUGCUGGGAGCAACCUGGCCAAGGAGAGCAGUCUGCUGCCCUCCUGAUUGGGGUGUGGAUACUUCCAGUCAUACUUUCCUCCAUCAAUUCCUAUCUCAGAGCAGCGCUGAGAUGAUUGGCAUCUUCAUUUUAUAGGGGAAUCCAUUGUUUAUGUUAAAGGAAACCAAGAUUUCCCCAAGUGGUAUUCCCUGGUCCCUGGAGAUAUGCUCACUUUGUGGGAGGGCAGCCCCAGCAAAAGGGACCUUCUCUGAGGCACUGGGUUUAGUGAAUGAUUGGAUGAAGGAAACUGUAAAGAGCAGCAUGUGACAGAAGCAAGGCAUUGCCAUGUGGCUUCGGUUUAAGCAGCAGGUGAGGAGGAUGAGGAGGGACUUAUUGCAAGCAUAGAACCUAGACAGGAAGACACCCAUGAGUGGAGCCCUUUGAUGAAUAUCAUCCCCAGGAAAGGCAACCUAGAGGUGGAAAGCAGCUGAAUGUCGAGCGGGGAGGCUAUAGAACUGAAGCGCACGUGGACUUCAGCAACUUAGGGACUUGAGAAGAAAGCCUGCCUUACCAGGAAGGGUCAAAUGGGAAGCAAGGUAGGUUUAAAGCAACAACACUGUAUAAGUCUAACAUGUGAGUGAUGCCAAAUCAAACUGAAAUGGAGAACACAGUUUUACGUAUAGGUGGUGACUUAUCUGUGUAUC